GGUCCACCAGACCAAACGCCGUGAAGAACCGUCUUCCAAUCUCCCGUGCGCUCGCCUGGCCUGCCUCGUGCCGUGUGGCCUCUGGCCGCACUUGCUUCGGUUGCUUGCCUGCCUUCUCCGGCUGGACUCCUCGCAUCCGCCGCGGCGUCAACGCGUCUUCGCUGCCCGGAGAGUCUCUCCCCUCCGUCUCCGGCUCCCAGAUCCGGCGCCCAUGGCGAGGAACCCGGGCUGCACCGUCUUCAUAGGUAACUUGGAUGAAAAGGUACCUGAGAGGGUUUUGUAUGAGAUUCUUAUUCAGGUAGGUCGUGUUGUAGACCUACACAUUCCUCGUGACAAGGAAACUAGUCGAUCAAAAGGUUAUGCUUUUGCUGAGUACGAAACAGAGGAGAUUGCCCAGUAUGCUGUUAGGCUAUUUUCUGGCCUUGUUCGACUUCAUAAUAAAACACUUAGAUUUGCGAUCUCUGGGCAAGACAAACCCUCUUCAAAUGGCAAUAAUCCUGUUACUCCUAGAUUGAACCCUAUACCACCGCCAAAACCUCCUCAACUUAUGAGAUCAAGUGAUACUCCUUUGUCACAACAUACUGUGGUGAAUGGAAGGAUUGCAGGCUAUGGUAUUUCACCAAAUCAUUCAUACGAUGCCCACUCUCAACCACCAUCAAGUGGGUUACCCAGCAGGGGAGCAAGCAAUGGUACAUACGAGUAUAGUAGCCGUGUCUUUGGUUCUGUUCUGAAUGAUGUUAGCCGUCGAGCUGCAAGGGAUCCAAUUCCAUACCCGUCCUACUAGCAUGUUGAGCUCCGAUGAAUGUACUGUGCUAACAUGAUAGGACCGGUGAAGCCACUGUCUGUUGUCUCAGCCAUCUGUAAGGUUAUCUCUGUACUCACCAUUUCAUGCCUGUAAAUAUGGGUUAUGGUGGUAGGAAAUAUGCUUGUCUUUUGGGUUCUUCUGUUGUUUACAUUGUUGUCAGACAUGCUGUAGUGAUAAGGCCUUGCCUCCACUAAUGUAGCUGACUGGCUGACUAGGAAUUACCAACUCUAUAGUUACAUGAAUGGGGUGGCAAUUUGUUCUUUGUUUCUGUUUUAGUAUUUAAGUGUCGUUAGUUGUUGCUCGUGGUCUAGCAGGACCAAAUUGGUGUUUGAGCUAUGAGUAUUUGGUGGAUUUUUGUGCUUUUCAUUCCAGUUGGGUCUGUAUUGUGUUGGACAUGAAAAAGGGGACAUGUUGAUUAAACGAAAAUCAGGAAAAUUACCCUGAGUUAUAGUUCUUUAUGAA